ACUUCCUCGAGGCGGAGGCACGAGAGAGACAGAGCGCGCGCGCGCGAGGCAGAGAGUGAGAGCGCGGCACGCGGCGGCGCGCACGGAGGGGAAGUGGAAAGACGGAAGAGCGCAGGACGCUGAAAUAAAACUUGCCAACUUCACGCUAACUGUCUGAGGAUACACGUAGAGCAAACGGUACCGAAGAACCGGGAUAGUUCUAGUUAACGAACCGUCUCUAACGUCCGGGCAGCUCGACACACGCGGACACGGACCGGCACCGACUCCGGAGCAGUUUUCAAACAGACGUUACACGAAGUCAUCCGCCGUUACAAAGUCACGUUCAGCCGGCGUUAAAGUGCUGAGACACCCGCGAAUCUGUCCCGGUACACACGACCGGCUCGCUGGCUCGGUGGGACUCGAGCUUUUUUGUUCCCUCCUUGUGGGAAAAGUUGCCGGUGGUUGCUGGUUGCCGGUUGCUGGUCGCUGGUCGCUGGUUGGUGGAAGCCAGCGAGGCCUACAGUGUGAGGAGGCUGCAUGUGUGUGACACACACACACACACUGAAGCUAAAACAUGUCGGCCCAGGCUCAGAUGCGAGCGAUGCUGGACCAGCUCAUGGGGACCGGGAGAGACGGAGACACCAUGAGGCAGAGAAUCAAAUUCACAGAUGAGCGAGUCUGCAAAAGUCACCUCCUGGAUUCUUGUCCUCACGACAUCCUGUCCGGCACUAGAAUGGACCUCGGAGAGUGUAUGAAGGUCCACGACUUGGCCCUCAGAGCAGACUACGAGAUCGCCUCCAAGGAGCAGGAGUACUUCUUCGAACUGGAUGCGGCCGAGCACCUUCAGUCUUUCAUCGCUGACUGCGACCGCCGGACCGAGUUGGCCAAGAAGCGACUGGCCGAGACGCAGGAUGAGAUCAGCGCUGAAGUGGCUGCAAAGGCUGAACGUGUCCACGAGCUGAACGAGGAGAUCGGGAAGCUGCUGGCUCGCGCCGAGCAGCUCGGCGGCGAGGGGAACGUAGACGAAGCUCAGCAGUUGUUGGAGAUGGUGGAGAAGACCCGGGCCCUGAAGAAAGAAGCAGAGGACGUGUACAGAAACUCGAUGCCAGCUUCCAGCUUUCAACAACAAAAACUACGGGUGUGCGAGGUGUGCUCUGCCUAUCUGGGCCUUCACGACAAUGAUCGUCGCCUGGCCGACCACUUUGGGGGCAAACUGCACCUCGGCUUCAUCGAGAUCCGCGAGAAGCUUGAAAAGCUAAGGAAAGCCGUUAUAGAGAAACAAGAACGAAUGCGACUGAGAAGACGAGAGGAACGUGAAAAAGACGAAAGAGAGCGACAGUGGGAGGUGGAGCGGGAACGAGAACGAGAGCGGGAACGAGAACGUGAAAGAGAGCGAGAAUGGGAGAGAGAACGAGACAGGGAGAGGGAGCGCAGGAGGUCAAGAUCUCGAAGUGGAGACCGAUACAGGGACGGAGGCAGUUCGUCCUCCCAUCGUUCAAGACGCCACCACUCCUCUCGUUCCAGAGAAGAAGGUGGAGAUCGGGAUCGCGAGAGAGAGCGGAAACAUCGACACAAGGACAGACAUCGCUCACGCUCCCACUCUCACAGGCACAAAAAGAAGAGGUCCUCCAGAGAGAGAUCAUCUCACACCCGCGAACGAGAGCGCUCGCUGUCCCAGGAGAACUGUGGAGACGGCGCGGGAGCAGACGGAUGGCGUGAAGACAGGGCGGAGUACAGAGACUGGGAGGACAGGGAGAACAGGGAGAACAGGGAGAAGUCCCCCUCCGCGGACACAGCCAAGGGCAGGGAACGAGAGCGAUCCCUGUCCUACGAGCGGGACCGGCGCUCCAGCUCGGAGGAGCGAGAGUCCGGGGAGAUAUGAACAGGAAGGGACCCCUCCAAAGUCUUUGAAUCGGAUAUAUUGUUUAGUAAAAAAGAGCAUGGAGACGAGCGAGAGAGUGUGUGUGUGUGUGUCGGCUUUGUAUGUGUGUUCAUGUUAAAAGUGGGACAUGUACAUUAGCAGGUGUGGACGGUGGAAACUUAACUUGGGGAUGAGGGAACAACUCGAGUAGUGGCGGUCGAAGAAACAUGCAAACCAACUUUUAUAAGACAUGAAGUGUGAGGCUAGUGCGACCUGGAAGCAGUGUAGUCAUUUUUUAUGCCAUCUUAUGUACAGUUACUCUGACAGUGAAGAGGGAUGAGUGAGUGGGAAGACUGUUCUUUUAUUUUACUCACAUGAAGUGCUGUUAUUUUUUUUUAUUUUUAUCAUUAGUUGGACGUUAAAUGUUGAUACUGUUUGUCCUGUUUCAUUAACAAUCUGUCAGUCUGUCGCUGUGGAUUCAUUUACACGGGUUGGACUCAUUAACGUGGCAUAACCAGUUGCAGUAAUGUUUUGAAAUGAGCUGCGUGUGACUGAAGGCACUUCUGAUGUUUGUGUUUUAUUCGCUGCCUUCAGGCCAUAACGAUCUCAUUUGGGGAAAAUCCGAUCCACAUCCCUGAGCCUGCCCUCUUAAUUCGGGAUGCGGUGUUUAAAAUAAACUCACUUGUCUCCCCCUCUCGCCUUGAAAGAAGUCAUCCACGUAUUUCCACUCGGUUCCUGACAAGCGAACGCAUAUAGAUGAAGUGGAUCUUUAUAUACUGAAAGUCAAAUGGCCCCGGGGACUUGUGUCCUGUUUGCUGUGAUCCAACCUUGGAUGUACUGCGGGAAUCUACUUUGCUGUGCCACCAUUACGUGAAUAAAAAUUUCUGCUUCCAUUCAAA